GUUGUCUUUCUUUUUCCAAGCCUCUGAAUCAGCCUUCGUGCCUUCCAAUAAACUGUGUGCGUUCCUGGUGAAUUUCCCCACUUCUCAGGCCUUCUCACCACAUCCCACUUCACAAUUCUCGGCACAGCCUGAGAUUAUCACCUCUUGUACCGAGAGCAAGGAAGUCUGGGGAGUUCUUAUCAACUUCCCUCCCAUCACUCUCGCUGUCUCUUCUCGUCUGCAGAAGACUGACGAGAUCUGACAAAUCCACUCGCAACAUGGGGAGAUCACCGUCUCAAGGGCUGACCACCCAUGAUUUUCACCACCAACCAUUUGUCAACCCGUUGGAUGUUUUCCCGAGAUCUCGGUUGGCAGGUCGACCUCAGGCUGUUCGAGAUUCGAUCAAAAGUGCAGCAACCUCGCGAAGCCCCGCACGGUUUCCCAUCGAUACAGGAAAAUAUCGCUGCUGUGAUGAUGACGAGGAUGACGAGGAUGACGACGACGGCGGUCUCUAUGCACGACCCUCAAGCGCUCUCAAUUGUUGCAAUGAUUACCAUGGUUCAACCGAUAACGACUCUUCUGAGGAGGUUCGGCAUAAUUCUCCCAGUGCGGUGGACUGUGAAGACUGUGUGGACGGUUGCGAGGAUUGCGAGGAAGAACACGAGCAGUUCAACCAACAAAAAGUCGACGCUGGUCCGGAAGAGUUUCUAGACGACUGUGAACAAUGUCAUCACGACGAACACGACAAGGCAUGCCAUCAAGGUGAAUGUGAUUUCUCUUGCUUCGAUUGCAUUGACUGGAAUGAGUUUGAACGCGACAAGUCUUUGGGCCUUUCGUACUCGGUCCCCCUAUUGGGAGAUACAGCCUUGCCGACACCAGAGCUGAUGCCAGAAAAUGAAUCGACGGAUUUCCAGAUGACCGAGUUUCCCUACCUCCCAACAGAUCCAAUGGACCCAAUGGCCCUGGCAGCGCCUUUGGAUGUGCCUAUGCAUCAUCAAUGUUUUGGAGAGACGUUUCCAUAUUCCACUGGCCUUCCACUCAGUCCAUUCUGCACGGGACCUCCUCUCCUCCCACAGACCACACCUCAAUAUCCACUUCCACAAUUCAGCAUGGGAUAUGGCUGUCAUCCAGCUAUCGCACAUCAACAACAAUCACUUCCGAUGUAUUCUUCACCUUCAACGCCCAUUAACCUAGUUGCGCCUUCAACAAAUAUGGUCAAAUCGGAAUUCAUCUCAACGCCAACACCACCACAACAGUUUCCCCCAUCACCUAGCGUGAAUGGCCCCCUUCUCGAAACCCAAGACCUGUUAUCCGCCGUCUCAGCACCAAGUACCUCACGAGCAUGUCAAUGGAUCAUGCCAUGCGGAACCGUGUGCGGCGCCUCAUUCGCCUCCGCGACGGACCUGAAAAAACACCUCAAAGCGAUCCACCUCGUCAAAGGCACCCUCAAAUGCAGGUGGCAAGACUGCGACAGCGCCGUCUUCGCAUCCGAAGCUGCAUUGACAGGACACAUGUCGAAAAAACAUCUCGCUCCACUAAUGUCCCUGCCCACCUCAACCAACGAAGUUGUCGUUCGCAACAGCGACGGCUCCUUAACCACCACGACCACGACCUCAAACUCCGACCAAGGUACAUUCAAAUGCACGUUUCCUGGAUGUCCGAAAUCAUUCAUGUAUAAACAAGUCCGCGACGAACAUGUCGCAUCGUGUCACAACGGAAAUAAAAUGUACUGCCACAUUUGUGGUCAGUUUCUCAACGGCGAAGGAUCGAAUUUCAAACGUCAUAUGGCUACGCAUCGCCCGAAGCAUCAACACAUGUUGUGUAAAUUUAAUCAACUGGGUUGUAAGAGACGGUUUCCGAGGUUGGAUAACUUGAGGAGACAUGAGGCGUGUUGUAAGUUUGGAAAGAAGGCGGCUUUGUUGAAUAGUCAGGGUGUCGGUGUUGGAACAGGGUCUGGUCCAGGCGCAAGUCUUGCUGACAUGGCUCCUGGUCAACCUCAUCAUCACCAUCACCAUAAGACGUCGACUGUGUGAAUGGGUAGGAGCAGUUUAAAAUUAAAACACGGGAGACAGAAGAAGUUUAUACUACAGAUCAACUAGGGCGAGCAGAGCAAGUCAUAUCUCCCCGUUGACUCUAUUUACUACUUAGUUAGUAUGCUUCCCAAGUAUUCCUAGACAAAUAACCAAGAAUGAAAAUGAAUUAAAAUAGAGAUUG